UGUAGAUACAUAUGAUAUACAUGUCUAUAGUAGUUGGAAGUUGUUCAGAGAUAAAUAUGAACAAAUUUAAACUGUCAUAUAUUAUUGCCGUAGCAUUUACAUCGGUAGCAUGUUUACUAAUGAUUUUUGCCAUGUCUUCAACGGAUUGGAUAAAUGGAUGCAUUGCAUUUGACCCCAUUCAUGAACAACUCAAAUCCUUGCAAGUUUCCAAUGAGGAUUUGAAAGAACGUUUUAACAACAUAGUUUCGAAGCUCAGAGGAAGCAAAAUAUGCUUGCAUUGUGGGCUUUUCCAGUUAUCUGUAAAAUUCGGAGACUUAACGAGUAUAUCAUUGGAAGUUAAUAUGUCAUCAGGCUCUGUUAUUUUCUGUGCCAUUUUUCUGAUGAUUUCCAUUGUGAGCUGCUUGACAUUUAUGAUCCCAAUUAUUUUAACAAUUUGUCGAGAAACAAAAACACGGAAGCGAAUGCUCAGAACUCAAAGACACAUAAAAAUUGCCUUGAUUUUGCUGGUCAACGCGACAUGGACGGCAACGAUGGGAAUGGUUUCUUACGCCGCGGGAUCCUCACAUAUCAUCCAUAGUCCACAAAAAUUUAUAAAAGUAAUAAGUCAAGGAGCAAUGCAAUCUGUGGAAAAAAGGAUACGUCACGGAGUGGUUACGGGAGAUUUAUCGGGGUAUGUCGGUCUAUCAGGAUUCAACACUUCCAAUAUACAUCAGUCCAUAAAUGAAAUGAUAAUUGGUUUGGAUCCGAUGUUUGGACGUGACUUCAUUAUUGGAUGUAUCGUUCCCCCAAUACUUAUAAUAAUGUGUUUCAUAGUAGCUUUUGUUAGACACAUGCUUUUAAAACAAUGAUUUAUUAUUUUACUUAUAUGAGACGGAAUGAAGUCGACAAUGCAGUAGCAUCUGGUCUUUAAUAAGAGAUUGAUGAGACUAUUAUAGGCUAUUUUGGACAAACUCGAGUUAAGUUUAAAAUGCAACCUAACUAUCUUUCUAUUUGCCAACUUUUACAUAAUACCAGGCUUGUCCAUGGGAAACGUGGGACAAGAAAUAACGGAGGAUUUUUUAGGAAAUUAUGAUAAAACACUCGUAAUGAAUUUCGUGUCCAUAUAUUUGGGUAUAGCUCUCUUGUUAGUUAUAAAGAGCAAAAUAUAUUCAGCAUUAACAAUAUACUUGUGGAAGGGGCUGAUGAUCGCAUGUAUAAUAAUUUUGAAUCCAAAGUUAACAAAGUCAGUAAAUAUUGUUGCUUUGCAUGUCUCUUCGUAUAUGUAGUCCUGUUUAGUAGACGCUAAACCUAAAUAUAACAAUUUUUAUCGAAUUGUAUUCCAAUGGGAAUCCCAUGGGAUGGGAUUGGACAGGCAUAAAUUGCUAUGGGAUGAGAUGAGACAGAAAAAGAUGUCCCAUGGACAAGCCUAAUACAGUAUACAUAUACGUGUACA